CUUUUAACUUCAUAUACAUAGCCCUUAGAGUUAUGUUUAUAGAAUUCCUUUUAUUUUUUCUUUUUUUUUUUAAAAAAAAAGAAUAAAAAUAUGUAGUUAGAGAUUCGAUUGGUAUGAUUGUCAUAGUUAACAUUGGCAAUCGUACUUAAUAGUCAAAUUAUUGCAUGUAUACUCUUGGUAUCAAACGGUAUAAACACCUUUAAAAUCAACCUAUACUACUGAAAAGUUUUCAUCUCAAGUAAUAUACACACGCAGUAUUACUUAAAUUAUUUUGUAAGACAACCAACCCUUACUCUCCAACGUUGACUAGUUAUUUUUUGGUGUUGACCCAUCAUGUGCCUUUUUUUUUUCAACUAUUUCCAACCCUUUUUUCUUAUUCUCCUUUAAUCUGUUUAUAAAUUUAGUCAAAAGAUUUAAUGUUAAAGCUCGACCCGACCUGACCCGAUCCACAUUUUUAUCACUUUGUCCCAAGACUCCAAACUUCUAAUUCUUAUGGACUUAUGGUCCAUACUUGUAAGAUAUGUAAUUUUGGAAGUAGGCCCUCCAAAUCUGUUAAUUACGGAGUACCUUCCAAAACAAAAUUAAAAAAAAAAAAAAAAAAACAAACAAACAAACAAAAAAAAAACUAUCUAUAUAAAUAGACUCCCGCUGUUUUAACACCCCGCGUCCUCUCAUCUCAAACUAAAACCUCUCUUUCUGUCUCUCUCUUUCUCAUGGAUUUCAUCAAACAUUGUUCAGUCAUUAUUAUCGGCGCUGGAAUCUCCGGUAUAUCGGCGGCGAAGCAACUCGCCGAUAAUGGCGUAGAAGAUGUCAUAAUUCUCGAAGCUUCCGAUAGAAUCGGCGGUCGAAUUCGUAAGGAGCAAUUCGCCGGAGUUCCGGUCGAACUCGGCGCCGGUUGGAUCGCCGGCGUCGGCGGUAAACAGUCCAACCCGGUUUGGGAACUUGCUAAUCGGGCCGGGUUACGUACUUGCUUCUCUGAUUAUAGUAACGCUCGCUAUAAUAUAUAUGACCGAGGUGGAAAGAUAUUUCCGAGUAAAUUUGCAGCUGAUUUGUAUAAAAAAGCGGUUGACUCGGCAAUUCAGCAACUCAAGGAUGAAGUUGAUAACACCAAAGAGCCUCCCAAUUUGCCGAAAACACCUAUUGAAUUGGCAAUUGAUUUUAUCCUCCAUGAUUUUGAAAUGGCCGAGGUGGAACCAAUAUCAACAUUUAUUGAUUUUGGAGAAAGGGAAUAUCUAGUUGCUGAUGAAAGAGGGUACGAGCAUUUGUUAUACAAAUUGGCUGAAACGUUUCUGUUGACUUUUGAUGGCGAGAUACUGGAUAAUCGGCUCAAACUCAAUACGGUUGUUCGAGAAAUUCAAAACUCGAGGAGCGGCAUUACGGUAAAAACGGAGGAUGGUUCCAUCUACGAGGCUAGUUACGUAGUUUUGUCUGUUAGCAUUGGCGUACUCCAAAGUGAUCUUAUUUCUUUUCGGCCUCCUUUACCUAGGUGGAAGACAGAAGCCAUAGAGAAAUGUGAUGUAAUGGUAUAUACAAAAAUCUUCCUCAAGUUUCCAUCUAAGUUUUGGCCUUCUGGGGUGGAGAAAGAGUUCUUCAUCUAUGCACAUGACAGGAGAGGCUACUACACAUUCUGGCAGCACAUGGAUAAUGCCUAUCCAGGAUCUAAUAUACUUGUUGUAACAUUAACAAAUGACGAGUCUAAACGUGUUGAGGCUCAAUCCAACCAAGAGACUCUCAGAGAAGCCAUGGAAGUUCUGAAAGAUAUGUUCGGCCCUGACAUACCAGAUGCUACAGACAUACUUGUCCCCCGCUGGUGGAAUAACCGUUUUCAGAGGGGCAGCUAUAGCAACUACCCCAUUAUUUCCAACAAUAAGGUUGCACGAGACCUUAAGGAUCCAGUAGGACGCAUCUUUUUCUCAGGAGAGCAUACAAGUGAGAGGUUUAACGGCUACGUUCAUGGAGGAUAUCUCGCAGGUAUUGACAGUGCAAACGCUUUGUUGGAAGAAAUGAUGACAGAAAAGGGAAGAAAAACCGACAGUAGCCAACCUUUUCUAUUGGAACCCUUGCUUGCAUUAACAGGAUCACUGACAUUACCUCAAGCUGAGAAAGUAUCAAACCUUCAUAAAUACGAGCUACCUAGGCAAAUCUUCCUCGGCAGUAACCUAGGAAUGCCAGAAGCCAUCUUAUGACUAAAUGGAUCAGUCACUGGUGAACAAUUAGUUGGAUAUAAGUGGUGCACCGGCCAAGAUGAACAGCAGGGCAGGCUCAGGUGCACGGCCAGCACGGGGCAUACGAGUCCACAAUGUGGUUUGUCCCAUAUAACUAAAAGCCUAAAACUAAAUAACAGUGACACAGGUGGGGGAGCUGCGCGCAUUGGCUGGCGUAGUUGAUGUAUAAUUAUGGAAAGUCUAAUUUGACAAGUCAAAUAGUAUAUGAUUCAGAUUUGGUGAUACCUAAAUAGGAGAAAAGAUAUUGAUUAAAGUGAUGAAGCGGAUUUUGGGUAGAGUUUAGUAGUUUUGGAUUAUGUACGUGGUUAUCCGAUAGUAACUUUCUUGUUGUUUGAACUCUUUAAGAUUAAUAUUGUUAAGACAAAAAUUACAUUGGCAUUCUAAUUUAUUGUUAUUUGUUUAAAAAACCAAAUAAAUCAAUGGACCUCCUCAC